ACGACCUUUCAGUCUCGGAUCUGCGUUCGGUACGUACAGGUGUGCUUUUCGGUCUCCGUUGGUCAGUUUAGUUGGACAUUUCUGUUCUUUCGAAGCGCGCGUGCAGCAUCGAGUUUACUUUUCACUGUUUUAUAACACAUCUUUUUAUGGGAUACACUUGCCGAGGUGCAGAGUAGUUGAGAAUAGUGGCUGGUGGCAAAGGCAAUUAAUAAUGUAGAUUGAAAUCAACAAACUUUUAUUUUCUUUUAAUAUUGAGAAAUAGCGCAAUGUUAACGGCGUGAUUUGUAGAAAAAAAGGGAAAAUAUAACGUGUAUAUAAACCGUCGAAGCGAAUCAGUGUAUGAAAGAAAAAAGAAGAAGAAUAAAAGUGUGGUGUAUAUGGUAAAGCAUAUUUUUUCGGCUCACAAAUACAUAAUACUUGAAUUUUAACUAUAUCAAACGUGAGAUAAAUUACAUAACAAUAGUUUAAUUCAUGAGAAAUUGUGUUAGUGUUAUAAGUGGACUGUGGAAAAUUGGUUUGCCAAUUUAGCUUAGCGCUGCGAUUGGUUAAGGACAAAUACAUAUACUGAAGGCUUGAAGCAAUUGUUGGAUUUUGGAUAGCAAUUUACGGAGCAUGAGCCAUUAUUAAAGUUUGGCUAACCCCAGACAACUGUGCUGACGGCGCGUAUUAUCGACAGUAAUAAUAUAAAACCAGUAAGCAACUUCGAGAUAUACUCAAGUAAAAAUCUGUACAGCAAAGCAAUGCUGUGAUGCAAAUUUGCACGGAGGAGGAACCAGAAACCAACGAGUGAGGGACCAACGGACACUUUGUGUGCACCAUGCGUAUUCUGUGGAUUGGUGUUGAUGUCAGCUUUAGUCUCAUACAUACGCUAACCGACGCGCACGGUAUCAACUUGCUGUUAUGUGUUGUUAGUUUACUGCGCACGAUGAAGGAGUAUCGCGACGUCGUAGUAAAGUUGUUUGCGAGAGUUCAAUAUAGUCCACCAGAUCGACAAACAAGCACAAAAUGACUGCUGUAGAGGUUCAUUCAGGAUACAAAUAUUAUGGGAAAGCAAACGAUACCAACAAGAAAAUCGUUUUGAACUAUCUUGACAUGAGUGUCACUAGAGGAUCUAUAUACGGACUGCUGGGAGCUUCAGGCUGCGGAAAAACAACGCUUCUAUCAUGUAUUGUAGGUCGUAAGUUCUUAAAUGAGGGGGAAAUAAGCGUUCUCGGGGGUACACCCGGAACGCCGGGAUCUGGCGUGCCUGGACCUAGAAUAGGCUAUAUGCCACAAGAUAUAGCACUCGUCGAGGAGUUUUCGAUCAAAGAAACAAUAUAUUACUUUGGAAGAAUUUAUGGAAUGUCGACUGAAAAAAUACGAGAACGCUACAAAUUACUAAAAGAACUUUUGGAGCUACCAUGCGAUGAUCGACAUGUCGGAAAUUGUAGCGGGGGUCAACAGAGGCGAGUAUCUUUCGCUGCUGCUAUGGUUCAUGAACCAGAGCUGUUAAUUUUGGACGAACCAACAGUAGGGCUGGAUCCAUUGUUACGAGAGAGGAUAUGGCAGUAUUUAGUUGACACAACGAGUACAAGCAAAUUAGCUGUGAUUAUUACUACACAUUAUAUCGAAGAAGCGAGACAGGCCUCUUGUAUUGGUUUAAUGCGAAAUGGUAUACUACUAGCGGAAGAUUCACCAGCUAAUAUUUUAGAGCGAUUUAGCUGUAGUAAUCUAGAGGAUGCAUUCCUCACUCUUUGCCAAAAGCAUGGUCCAUCGGAAGAAGCUGAUCGAAAUACACAACAAUCACACACGAUACGGAGCAUAAAAUCAAUAGACACAGUACAAGAUGUGGUUUCAAAUAUUAAGAAAUCUAUUCCGCCUUUGUCAUCGCCUAGUAACGAAAAGAAAGAAAUGAGUCGAAGUUUAUACGAAGAUAGUGGGAAACCAAUCGCAAAGACCAUAAAAGAGCUCUUGAGCUUUACAACCAAACGAAGAAUGAACGCGCUUCUUUCGAAAAAUUACUUACAAAUGAUCCGGCAGCCUGCUGGAAUGGUAUUUCUGUUCCUUUACCCCAUAUUCCAGUUGGUAAGUUUUUACGUAGCUGUAGGUGGUGAUCCAAAAGAUCUGCGGCUGGGCAUCGUUAAUGAUGAAGUCAAUAACAUCCAAGAGUGCUUCAACAAAUCGCUAAUCACUACCUUCUACAAUGACGAAUACGACUGCGAUCUGUACAAAACAUCCUGUCGAUUUCUCAAUCAACUGAAUCGGAGCAUUGCGAUACAGGAAUAUUACGAUACGUUUGACGAUGCAUAUCAAGCAGCGAGGAGUGGUAAAGUAUGGGGAUUUAUUUAUUUUACGGAGAAUUUCACAGAAUCACUACAAGACGUUCGAGACAACGUGCGCGAGGCGAAUCCAGGGUCCUUCCAUACCUCGGAAAUUAAGGUAUAUCUCGAUAAAUCUGACCAACAGGUAACUUUCUUUCUUGAGAAAAAACUACUCGAAACAUACAAAGAAUUCGCGGAAGGAAUAAUGACCGAUUGUAACCUACCGAAACAACUAGCAAACAUUCCCAUUACUUUUGAAAAACCUGUGUAUGGUACAUUUGAUGAUGAGUUUACCGAUUUCAUGGCACCAGGGGUAGUCAUGACAAUGAUUUUCUUCCUGGCAACAUUAAUUACCGCAACGAUAUUUAUUACCGAUCGACUUGAAGGAGUAUGGGAUAGAACACUGGUAGCAGGUAUUACGGCCCUCGAGUUGUUGUUAGCACAUAUAAUUACACAAACGUCGAUUAUGCUGUUGCAAUGUGUCGAAAUUGUUCUUCUCGCCACGUUCAUUUUCGACGCACAGAACCAAGGCAGCAACGCAACGGUAGUCGGCCUUUUGAUGCUGUUGGGCUUUGCUGGAAUGCUGUAUGGACUAUUGAUAUCGAUUUUCUGUGAUGCACAUUCCACAGCAAAUUUUAUGGCAACUGGAAGCUUCUAUCCGAUGAUCAUUAUGUGCGGAAUUCUAUGGCCUCUGGAAGGCAUGCCACAAUACCUACAAUAUAUGGCGUAUUGCUUCCCCUUUACGGUUCCUUCAAUGGCUGUACGAAACGUACUAACUAAAGGCUGGAGCAUAACUAAUUCCAAAGUGUAUAUGGGCUAUGGAGCUGUUGGCAUCUGGAUAGUGAGCCUUCUGUUACUUUGCCUAAUAGGAUUAAAGAUUAAAAAAUGAUCCAGAUGGAAGUGUGAAACUGGCUCAAUGAAUAGCGUUUUAGUCUUAGUAAUUAAUAUACGUACGUUCAGCAACUGAGAAUAUUCCGAUUGGUUGUGCAAUCGAGAUGCAUGAAAAAUGUAAGGCUUGGUAAACCACAUAAGUAUAAAUAGUGAUUCAAAAUGAUUAUGAAUAAAUAAACAACAACCUGAGCCAUUCCCUCUUUCCGUGCUAUCUUUCGGUUUGGCAAAAAAUACAAUCAUUGAUACCUUAGUGUUUCUCAAUGAGCCACGCACUGAAAGUCUGUUAUUUAUAAUACCGAAAUUUUCUAUAUUAUAAUAUGUACUAGCGAAAGCGUGUGGAAAGGAAUUGUUUGCGAUGUGAUGAAUAUAAGUUAUUGAUAAAAAUCCUUCUUAGCGACACUGAAACAACAACUGAACCUCAUUAAUCCAUUCGCAUCUAUUAGCGAACAGAGUAUCACAGGUUAUUCAAUAAUGUGCUCGAUUUUUCAACAGCUAGCUUUGUAAGCAACAGUGUAUGGUUAAAAUAGGGUGUUUUGGUUAGCCUGGGAAUCAAUUACAGAGCAAUUAGUACGUUGAAAUUAAGUCGAAAAUGUAUUGGAGACUUUAUGUGUUUGAGGUAUUGAAUCAGAACUGUUAUGUGAAUAAACUCUCGUUGUAUUGUAA